GUGCUCAUCCUAUCGAUGGAAAACUCUCUCUCUCUCUCUCGGCUAGCCACGUGGCGGGCCUUUUUUCUUUUGUUUUUUCCAUAGGAGAUAGCUAUGGCGGGAUCUUUGUCACGUUGUUUGGCGGAUGAGGAGCGGGAGGAGGAGCGGGGGGAGCGGGUGAAGGAGCGGGAGGAGGGGUGGGAAAAGGAGCGGGAAAAGGAGUGGGAGGAGGAGCGGGAGGAGGUGCGGGAGAAGGAGCACGAGGGGAAACCGGAAGGGGCGGAGGAGGUGGGGGAGGAGAAGCAGGAGGAGCGCGAGGAAGAGCGGGAGAAGGAGCGGGAGGAACGCGGGAAAGAGCAGGGGAAUCAGCGGGAGGAGUGGGAGGAGAAGCAGGAGAAGGAGCGGGAGCGGGGCUAUGGCGGGAUCUUUGUCACGUUGUUUGGCGGAGGAGCAGCGGGAGGGGGAGGAGGAGGAGGAGGAGUGGGAGGAGCGGGAGAAGGAGCGGGAAGAGGAGUGGGAGAAGGAGCGGGGAAGGAGCGGGAGUGGGGGGCUAUGGCGCGGGAAGAGGAGCGGGAGGAGGGAGAGGAGGAACGGGGGGAGGAGCGGGAGAAGGAGGGGGAGGAGGAACCGGGGGAAGAGCAGGAGAAGCAGUGGGAGGAGGAACAGCAGGAGGAGCCGGAGGAGCAGCAAGAGGGGGAGCGGGAGAAGGAGAGGGAGGAGGAGAGGGAGGACGAGCGGCAGAAGGAGCGGGAGCGGGCCUAUGGCAGGAUCUUUGUCACGUUGUUUGGCGGAGGAGGAGCGGGAGGAGGAGUGGGAGGAGCGGUAGAAAGAGGAGUGGGAGAAGGAGGGGGAGGAGUGGGAGGGGAAACGGGAAGGGGUUGCAUCUCACAGCCCCUUAGAGCAAAGUGGGUUGUAGCUACAGAAGCCGUGGAGGUGAGGGAGGGUGUGGCCGGUGGUGGGUGAAAGAAAGAUCAAAAGAUGAGUUCAGGGAAAAGGGCUGAGGUUUUACUUUUAUGGUGUAAGAAGCCUUCAAUCCAGCAGUGGAAGGCAAACCAGGGUCAUUCUCCACUUGCCAGAUGGAGUCUUGGCUACAAUGUGCAAUACUUGUGCUUUGCUGAGUUUCACUUGUUACUCACCACUUGUUUUUGUAAGGGAAAAGUGUGUGGAAUUCUGGAGGCCUGCCUAGGCUUACUAGUUCCAAAACUAGCUUUGUCAGAAUGCCCCURGACGUGCAGAUGGGCAAGUGCAUGAUCUGCACCGGGAAGAGCACAUGAUUGAGUGCCCUCAGACCAAACUAGUUUUCAAAGUCAUAAACAUCAGUGGACCAUUCCCGUACAUCACCCUACUUCUUCACUAAGAGCAGGAUAACAAAGAUGCGAUAAAGUCAACAAACAAGCAGACAAACACAAAAAGAAUGGCCCAUGCGCAGAGCUAGCUUCAUCGCGAUUCUCACAAAUCACUGCCGUAAUGUGCGAUGGUGUACGUCAAUUGUCGGCAGACUUGUCGUGCAUCCACGGCUGCUGAAUGUUGUACCUCUUCUCUCGCAUAGCCAAAUACCAAAGUUUCUCCCUGAUCAACAGCCUCGAUCAUACGAACUACCGCUCAUGAAUUCUGUCAUGUGCCUCACUUCUCUGGCCCAUUCUCCUCAGCGUACCUGUUUCACAGCUUGUUAAACUAAUUAGCACAACCCAGUAAAUAAAUGGGGUCCUUUCUAAAUCUAUACCAUGGCGGUAUUUUUUUCAUUAAAUGAUUUUAAUCAAAAUAUAAUGAAUCAAAUGCCCCAUUGCUCCUUAGAUGUAAACUCCAGCUUCUCCAUCCACUAUCCUUCUAGAUGUUAACUCCAUACUGUGGUGUCCCACCAGCAGCAAAUAACAAACCGCCUCUCAAAUCUGCAGUCAGCAGCAGCAGGGGCAACAACUGAUUCAGAAACUGGUUCCGUAGCGGCAACAACCAAGUCACAAACGAGCUACGAGCUGGUUCGUAAUGAUACAAAUGAUGAAGCAAAAUGACCAGGGCAUUCUGAGAAAGUCCCAUCUGGAGGAACGGGACUAUGUCAUUGGGAGGAAUGAUAUAGUUCCACUCAGAGGAAUGGGACUAUGUCGUUCAAUUAAUGAAUUGCCACUUCCGUC